AUGUCAAUGCAGGAAAUGUCGUUCAAGGAACCCUCAUUCGACCUCGAUUUUCACCAACUCCUCGUGCCUAAACAACCUCAAGAUCGAAAACGUCGCAAGAAUGUCAAGGAGCAAUCGACAUCCUCAAGCGAUGCAAGCUCUUUCUUUAUUCCCGAGCCGCUGUCUCGAAGCAAUUCCGUCUACUCCUUUGGACGCGCUUCGCUUAGCAGUCAGCUUGCAGGCUUAACGUCCAUGAGCCUGCCAAAAGCCGAGUCACUGUCUGCUAACAUCAGUCAGUUGCCUACUGCUCGCAAGGCAUGCAAGGCAUUGUAUGUCGCUGCCGAACAGAUUGCUUCGUGGAACCGCAAAGCAUUGCGCAUGCUAAGAGACCUUGACGGGGACGACGACGUGGAAUGGGCAGCUGCGGCUGGACGCGAUGCCCUUGACGACACAAAUAAGACGAUCGUCAAAUUCGAGCAUCUAAUUAAUGUGUACGUCCUUUCCAUCGAAGCGUUGCAGAACCGGCCGGAUGUAGGCGAAUUGAGACCGGAAGAGCUGAGCACAGUAGUCGAGCAGAUGGAAUAUAUCCUUAUCAGCUGGGACGAUGUUCGGAAUGGCUUGAAAAGGAUACAAGACCAAGUCGAGGUCGCAAUGGAAUGGGAAGAGCUUUGGAACAAAGUCCUGGGAGAGGUAGGGCAGGAGUUGGACAGCCUCAGUCAGCUGGUUUUCGAGAUGGAAGAGAAGAGACACAUGGCGUACAUGACUAAGUCAAAAGACGAGCCCGAGGAACAAAUUAACAUUAACGAGCUGGAGAGCUUCAUUGACGAACCGUCAAAGAAAAAGGAAACCAUCACAAAUUCGAGGUUCAGCAUGACUUUCGAAUCCUCACCACUUGCAUCACCUGUUGUGGAGAAUCCUCAAGAUGACACAAACCUACUAAGUCUCUUUGCACGUAUGCAGCCAUUACGUGCUUCUCUCGACUUCCUGCCUAUGCGUCUGUCCCUGUUCGAGACUCGAGCGGAGCCAUUGUUCCCACAAGCAUGUAGAGAAUUGCAAGAUAAAAGGCAGCGACUGGAGAAGAGCUGGCAACAGUUAUCUGAGGAAGCCGAGCGAUUGAGGCAGGAACUGAGUGAAGACAGAUGGGUUGUGGUCUUUCGCAAUGCUGGAAAACAAGCCCAUAAGAUGGCCGAAUCUGUUGAGAGGAGUGUGACCAAAGUGCAGGAUGCCUUGCAAGCGGGUUAUGCAAGGAGUAACCCGGCGACGUUGGCAAAGCGUGUGGAGAGCUUCGAAGCCAAGAAGAUGCACUAUAUGCCAGCUAUCAUGCGCGUUCUCACCAUCAUCCAGAAGGGCCUGAAGGACCGGUUGACUGUGAAUGGCGAGAUUCUGCGUCUCAAUAAAGAGUUGGGCGCCAGAAUGAGAGACCUCGAAGAUCGAAUCCGCGAGCUGGCAACCCUACUUGAGCCUGUGACAGCCAGGUCAAACUCGAGCCUGAGAGAAUCAAUCUCGAGUAUUGUGUCAGCUGAUCGGUCUUUAUCAAGCGGCACCUUCGCUGGGACUCCUGGUAGUUCACCAGCAUCCUCCAUCGAUCUACCCACUCCAGCCUCGACGAAAAUAACGCCCAAGUAUGGUCUUAAUGGCUAUUCCAAACCUCGAGCUGCAACCUCAAUGGCAGCACACGCAUUUCACUACAACCUCAAAUCCAAAGGCCGACAACCCCUAUGA